CCUGCUACAUGAUCUAUAAUCAUAAAAUGGAAGAAAAGUUAUGUGCUAAACUUGCUAGAUAUCACUAAUGAAUGCUGGCAGAUGAUGGUGGCAAUGCUGACCACCGGCUGGAUGUUGGCACAUGUGAGCCUCACAAUCCACAAAAUGAACCAAAAACGGUGCAUGUUAAGUUUGUCCUGCACAAGGAAUGCCUAUUUGGGCAGCGGUUUCUGAUGGUUGGCAACGAAGCCAUGUUUGGUCUGUGGGAACCGAAGAAGGCAGUUCCCAUGGAAUGGUCCGACGGCCACAUCUGGACCGUUGAGCUGGACAUACCCGUGGGGACAUCAAUUCAGUUCAAGUUCAUACUCCGAGGUGUGUCCGGGGAGAUCAGCUGGCAGCCUGGUCCGGACAGAUGCUUGCAGACACGGGAAACGAUGAAGACCAUGGUCGUGUGGGAGGACUGGGAGGACGCGCUUAAACAGAAGAUAUUGGAGGAGGAAGAAGCUGCGGCUUCAUUUAUUUGCAGAGAUAGCGAUACUAGCAGCAAUAGGAGUGUUGUUGCAAUUGCGGAUGUGAUCAACGAUGCCCUGGAUAGCAUCAAGAUAACCAGCGAAGAUGAUCAUGCCAAACUGCAAACCACUUUUGUUGGGGAUCCUGUUCUAGUCCCGGGUUUGGCACCCUGCAUGCCCCUGCCCUCCGCAGUUGCUGUUCACAAUAAAGGAGAGGAAUUUAAUGCCUUCCAGCUGCAUGAUGAGCUGCAAGAAGCGCCCGCUGACGGGUAUGAUUCUGGAGAAUCACCAGGUCCUGAUGAGGCAUUGUUAUUAUUCACUGAGAAACUGAAUGUGGAGGAACCCUGCUCUCAGACAACAGCCGAGGUCUUAAGAAAUGAUAUUCACUGGGGCCAAAAUCAACUGCAUCGACUCCUCCUGAAUUUGGGUUUUAGCAUCGAUCCGCCUGCUACUUGAAAGCUGGCAGUCCCUGGUCUGAAAGGUUUAGGGUCCAAACCAGUGUUUCUCAGUUGUUGUGACAACUGCUUGUCUCAUUCUGUUGUAACAUGUAUCAUAAACAGAGUGCUGUACAUAAUUUAGCUUCAAGUAAAUGUUAUGUUGAUACAA